AUGCCGAGUGAAAUGAUAACACUUCAACUUGGUCAAUGCGGAAACCAAAUUGGCUUCGAGUUUUGGAAACAAUUAUGCAUAGAACACGGCAUAUCUCCUGAAGGGAUUUUGGAGGAAUUUGCAUCAGCAGGUUCGGACCGCAAAGAUGUUUUUUUCUAUCAAGCAGACGAUGAUCACUACAUACCCCGGGCUGUGUUGUUAGACUUGGAGCCUCGAGUUAUACACACUAUUAUGAAUUCUCCGUAUGCAAAGCUAUAUAAUCCAGAAAAUGUAUAUUUAUCAAAACAUGGAGGUGGUGCGGGGAACAACUGGGCUUCUGGAUAUGCGCAAGGAGAAAAACUCAAUGAAGAAGUUUUUGAUAUUAUCAACAGAGAAGCUGAUGGCAGUGAUAAUUUAGAAGGAUUUGUCCUAUGCCACUCAAUCGCCGGGGGCACGGGAUCUGGUAUGGGAUCUUACAUCUUGGAACAUUUGUCGGAUAGAUUUCCCAAAAAAUUAGUACAGACUUACAGUGUCUUUCCGAAUCUAGAUGAAAUAAGUGAUGUAGUAGUACAACCAUAUAACUCAUUGCUGACAUUGAAGCGACUGACAGAGAGCGCAGAUUGUGUGAUGGUACUGGACAAUACGGCACUCAAUAGAAUCGCCAGUGAUCGCCUACAUAUACAGAAUCCUUCCUUCGCACAAAUAAACACACUUGUUUCUACAAUUAUGAGUGCUAGUACAGCUACUCUUAGGUACCCGUCGUACAUGAACAAUGAUCUGAUCAGUCUGGUGGCACCGCUGAUCCCCACACCGCGCCUUCACUUCCUUAUGACCGGCUACACACCGCUCACUGCAGACCACGAACUCAAUACUAUUCGGAAAACGACAGUACUGGAUGUAAUGCAAAGAUUGCUACAACCAAAGAAUAUGAUGGUCUCGCUCAGUCCAGAUCGAACCAAUCAGCACUGCUAUAUAUCAAUACUCAAUAUAAUACAGGGCGAGGUAGACCCAUCGCAAGUGCACAAGUCGCUUCAAAGAAUUCGAGAACGCAAACUUGCUUCGUUUAUCCCAUGGGGACCAGCGUCUAUACAAGUGGCGUUAUCGCGACGUUCACCCUAUGUACACGCUUCUCACAAGGUGUCCGGACUGCUGCUCGCCAACCAUACUAACAUCUCGUCGCUGUUCGAUCGAUGUCUCCAGCAAUUUGACAAACUACGUAAACGCGAAGCUUUCCUUGAAGUCUUCCGGAAAGAACCUAUGUUUAAGGAGUCUUUGGAGGAGUUCGACGAAUCUCGUAGUGUUGUAGACGACCUUGUACAAGAGUACCAGGCUGCUGCUACACCCGAUUAUGUGCACUGGAAUCCUGGUAAUUUCUAUACUUGA